AUGAAAUAUGCAAUUCGCACGAACACACUCAAAAGGCCUUCAAUAGCCUGUUAUUCAUAUGGUCAGUCUGUAUGUUACCCUCACAACAGGCGGUAUCAUGAGUCUCCUUGCAGACCCCGAUCAGUCCUCGAACCGCGAUUAGAGGACCAUGGCAGACUGAUUCACGAUGAAUACUCACUUAUCCGUGAUAAAUAUGCUGCACCAAAAAACCCUGUCGUUCUGGCUCAUGGUUUGCUCGGGUUUAAUGAGCUGCGCCUAGCUGGCCAAUAUUUGCCCGGUAUUCAGUACUGGCGUGGGAUCAAAGAGGCAAUGACGGCUCGAGGUAUCGAAGUCAUCACCGCGACAGUACCAGCCUCGGGCUCUAUCGAGGCACGGGCAGCAGCAUUAGCUCGGAACAUCGAGACCGGCGCUCGAGGGAAAGAUGUUAAUAUCAUUGCUGGCCUGGAUUCGCGAUAUAUGAUCAGCCGCAUCCGACCAGACAAAUACAAAGUCUUAUCACUUACCACUGUCGCAUCUCCACAUCGAGGCUCAUCCGUGGCGGACUACGUGUUCGAUCAAAUCGGAGCCGAUCGCCUACCCCAGAUCUACUAUGCCCUGAAUCGGCUAAAUAUCGAAACCGGUGCUUUCUCUCAACUAACAAGAAAGUACAUGACUGAGACCUUCAACCCUAACACCCCGGAUGUAGAGGAUGUCAGAUACUUUUCCUAUGGAGCAGCAGUGGAGCCAACCAUGUGGUCUGUCUUUCGGCUCUCGCACCGAAUACUUGCGGAGAUCGAAGGGCCUAAUGAUGGACUAGUCAGUGUAUCUAGCAGCCGGUGGGGAGGCGAUGCAGGAUACAAAGGAACCCUUGUGGGUGUCAGCCAUUUGGAUCUAAUCAAUUGGACCAACCGACUUAGGUGGCUAGCCGGGGAGUUGACAGGCAAGAAGCGAAAACCUCCAUUCGACCCUUCGAACGCCGCCGCCCGACAAGAUCGAGCCCCGCCAGGGCCCGGGCGCUCCGCCGCCAUGUCCGCAAUUGUUGUGUUGGACAGCCGCCACACGCAUUAUACAAACCUAGAUUUCCUUACAGGCAAGGUUGUGCUACAGCUACCGACCGAAGCUGCUAUCGGGGGAAUCCAGGUCAAAUUGGAGGGCGAGAGCCGCACCCGUCUAUCCGGUCCCAAGCAUCCUCAGCAUGUGCACUCAGAUAAGAAGCGAACGGAGCUGGAGGUUCACAAGAUCUUGUACAAGGUCGCUACGGUCUUCCCUACACCCGGUGUGAUGCAGAAUGGGUCCCCUGCGCCUUCAUACACAUUUGCCGCAGGCUCAUACGAGUACCCUUUCCAAUUCAAGUUUCCCUUCAACAACUCCUGCAACAGCACCAACAGCAUGCUCACAAAUCUAAACUUCUCCGGAUUGAAAGUCGAGGUAGCCAAAGACACCAGUCGACAUGUCCGAAAGACUCUUCCACCGUCUUUGAGCGGAUUUCCCGGAGAAGCAGAUAUUAAAUAUUUCGUGAAGGCCACCGUCAUCCGACCACAAUUCUACAAAGAGAACAUCAGAUCGAUUGUGCCUAUUAAUUUCCUUCCGAUUGAGCCACCAAGAGCUGGGAACCCCAAUGAGGAAACAUACGCCAGGCGGCAACAUCAAUUCUCCAAAAUACAGGUUAGCUCUAAGAAGAAGAGUAUCUUCUCUCGCGGGCCUUCUACAUCCAACGAUUUCGACCCUGAGCCUCCGCGGGUGUCUGUCGACGCCCGGCUCCCUAAUCCAUCUAUCCUCACCUGCAACGAAGCCGUACCGCUCCGUCUCCUUGUGAAAAGGCUGAACGAUGGACCGGACAUGAUCUUCCUUCAGAUGUUGCAGGUGGAACUAAUCUCUUACACGAAAAUCCUGGCCCAUGACCUGACGCGCACUGAAACCGGGUCGUGGGUUAUUAUGAGUCGUAGCAACAUGAACAUCCCAUUAGGCAAACCGGGUGACCCCCUAGGCACCGAUUGGGCUAUUGACCCAAAGCUGUGGAAUCGAAACUCACUGCCGAAUUCAGUGGCGCCGUCUUUCCAGACAUGCAACAUCGAAAGAUCCUACGAACUAGAGAUUCGAGUGGGCUUAACUCACGGAAACUCCCGGGAAAUGAAGCCCCAACUCAUUGUUCUUCCCCUGCGGAUGCCCGUCAGAGUCUUUUCUGGAGUCGCUCCGCCACAGGCACUUCUGGAUGCAAUGGCCGCUGCAUCACUCCAGCCAUCAUCAUCCUCAAUACAAAAACCACAGAAUAGCCAGCCAGAAAAGAAUGAAAAUAACCGUCCACCUAUGCCGCCACGACCAAGUGGCGAGCCUGUACCCGUCAAUUCCGGUGAUGUGUAUGAUGAUGCACCACCAAGUUACGAGGAUGCCAUGGCAGACCACCUGAGUCCAGUGGAUGGACCACGCCGCGAGUAUCACCCACCAGAUGCCUCCUCCCAGAGUACAAUGGAACCUGAUGCCAAGUCGGUAGCCCAACAGGGUAAGAUGCUUGAUGAUAUGCCCGCAGCGGAAGCAUCCUCGGCGGCUCGUCGCCGAGAUAACCGUUCCUCCUCGGAGUCCUUCGACAUGCUACCUACUACACCACCGGAGUCUCAAUCUGGGUCCCCUCCUGCCUCUCCCGUGAGACGCGCAGGGAGCAUGAUGAAAAUCUCUCGGAAUCCCGUUGAUGAAGAAAGUCCGCCGCAGUAUGAGCCUGUUGCGGCGGGACGACUGGAUGCUCCUCAAUCUGCACAACGCCGACCUUCACAGAAUAACCUCCGUCCUAUGAACUUGGGUGUUCCAAACAGGAAGCCCGUUCCACGAAGUUCAAAUAAUUGA